CCCGCGCCCGCGUUAUAAGGUGGGAGGGCGGCUCUGCGCUCCGCGUCCCGCCCGGCCGCACCAUGGCGCUGAGCGAUACCAUCCUGCCCUCCUUCGCCACCUUCGCCAGCCCCUGCCGCGAGAAAGCGCUCCACGAAAGGUGGAAGUGCGAGCAGGAGGCCAAGGCCCCCGGCGGCACCUGGGGCGACCUCUCCCCACGCAAAGAGGAUGAAGACCUCAACAACGUGCUGGAUUUUAUCCUUUCCAUGGGCAGCGACGGCUACGGCCAGGGGGCUGCCGGCGGGGAAUAUCCCCCCACGCAAGGGGAGAGCGGAGGCUUCUACCAGACAAACCCAAAUCCGGGAUGCUACAGUGCCCUGGAGCAGGGCAGCCCCCCACCAUACAGCGCCAGCAUCGCACCCGAGAUGAUCCGCCCUGAGAUGGACUCCAACUAUUGCCCACCUGGCAGUGUACAUGGGCGCUUCUUCGUGACGCCCAGCUUUGGGGCUCAGCAGUUUGUGGACAACAUCAAACCCGAACCCGACAUGGACAGUUAUGGGCCAGUCCUGGGUCUGGUGCCCCAGGCGUGCCCGAAGAUCAAGCAGGAGGGCAGCGCGACCUGCAUGAUGGCCUACGAGCAGCCACGGGUGGCCAACUCCCCACAGAUCCCUGGUGCCGAGACACCACCGCUGAGCCCUGACGACCUCAUGGUGAAUGACUGCCACACACAGAUGAUGUGCCCUUCAUCCUUCCAGCAGAGCUACCACCCGCCCUCCGGCUUCCACCACCAGCAGACCCACCUCCAGUACCAGAACACCUCCCAGUACGGCCUUUUCGAGGACAGCCUGCCCCUCCAGCCCUCUGCUCCCCGGGGCAUGCUCACCCCUCCUUCCUCCCCGCUGGAGCUGCUGGACUCCAAGCCCAAAAGAGGCCGGCGCUCCUGGCCUCGCAAGAGGACGGCCACGCACACCUGCACGUACGCGGGCUGCGGCAAGACCUACACCAAGAGCUCACACCUCAAGGCCCACCUGCGGACACACACAGGUGAGAAGCCGUACCACUGCAAUUGGGAGGGCUGCGGCUGGAAGUUCGCCCGCUCCGACGAGCUGACCCGUCACUACCGCAAGCACACCGGGCACCGGCCCUUCCAGUGCCACCUCUGCGAGCGGGCGUUCUCCAGGUCGGACCACCUGGCCCUGCACAUGAAGCGGCACAUGUAGCCGUGGGGCCCACCGGACUGUGCACGUUGAGUCGCUCGGGUACAGAGCGCUCCGAACCUGUAGCUGGUACUACGUGGGGAGGCACCGGCCGCCAAGGAUAGGACACAAGGAGACCCAGCAGUCAGUGUCUCCUGCACAGAACAUGACGAGGCGGCGUCCGCGACUCUGCCCGCGCCGCAUGGGGAGGACAGGGGUUAUUUAUGCAGCUUCAGUGAAGGGCAAACUCCGUGAGACUCCAUACAGAUUGUAUGGAAGAAGCUGUAAAUAUCCUUUGUUGUGUUUUCUGUUUUGGUUCUAACUGCCCUAAGCUUAAUGAGACAAUGUUUGUAUGGAAACUGCCUGAAGUUGACCCUAGGAGAGCUUAAGGGAAUGUUACUGUAGCUCGAUGUUAUUUUAGAUCUUGGCUGAAGGCAUGGCUGAGAGAACACUCCUAUUGUUAGACUGUUUCACAGGUGCAAUAAUACUCAUGUUUGCCAUGAUCUACACUAGAAGUACAGGGCUUGAUGUCUUGUAAGAAAAUAACCUAUUUUACUGUAAUUUUUUUUUAUAUAUUGUAAAUAAUUUUAUACAGUGAGAAAUAUUGUAUAUGUAAAUAGAAGACAAAUGGGUAUUUUGCCUA